UAGAAGGUAAACCAAUCUAUGUAGACUGUUUUGGAAACCUGGUUCCUCUAACAAAAAGUGGCCAGCAUCAUGUCUUCAGCUUCUAUGCCUUUAAAGAGAAUCGACUGGCUCUUUUUAUCAAAAUACGAGACAACACUCAAGAGCCUUGUGGACGUUUGUCCUUCACAAAAGAACCAAGAUCUUAUAGGACUUUGACUCAUAGUGCAAUAUGCAAUUUAAACAUCACCCUGCCAGCUUACUCAAAGGAAUCAGAUUCAGAACAAGAACCUGAUGAGGAGACAAGCCGAACACUUGAGAAAUUAGAUCCACAGGAUGAGGCUGACAGGAAAGAGGGGCGUCUGGCUUUAAUAGCAGAUCACCUUGGUUUCAGCUGGUCAGAAUUGGCUCGAGAGCUUGAAUUCAGUGAGCUACAGAUCAAUCAGAUAAGAAAUGAGAAUCCAAAUUCUCUACAAGACCAAAGCCAUGCCCUCAUAAGGCUAUGGAAAGAAAGGGAGGGCAAAAAUGCUACAGCAGAGACCACUUUGAUGAAGACACUUACAAAAAUAAAUCGUAUGGACAUUGUUCAUCUCAUCGAAACAAAAAUCAUCCAGUCCAGUCAAGACCAGACAUCACACACCUAUGCAGAAAUUGAGCAAACCAUAUCAUUGGAUCAUAGUGAAGGUUUUUCAGCCCUACAGGAGGACAUGGACAGCCCCAGGCCAGGUCGGCGAGCAGAAGUCACACAAAAAGGAUCAGAACUUGGGCCUCUGGUGGCAUCUGUCGAGGAUCUCUCCUGCAAUGUAUCUUCCCUUGAUGAUACCCAAAAAGAGAGGUUGCUGACAGACAAAGAGAUGGGUUCAGAGGUGGUCGGAGCCUCAGCACAUAGUUCCGUUGAUAUGGUUGGACUGAGGCAACAAUUCCCUGGCACUAUCAAAAGAGGUGACGAGAUGCCUGAAAUCCCUCCUCAGACUGUGACAGAAGAGAAAUACACUGACGAGUAUGGGAACAUGGUGGUCAAAAAGAUAACAAGGAAAGUCAUCCGUAAGUAUGUGUCAGCAGAUGGAGUAGAGAGAGAGGAAGUGAUGCUGGAGGGUCCGCAGCAGGAAGCUGUCACUGUGGAUGAGGCUGACGGUUUCUCUAAAGCUGUGAAGAGGACAGUGGUGCAGAGCGGGGGAGAGCAGACCGAGGUAAUGUUCUCUGAACCUUUAUCUUACAUUGGGGCGACAUCUUCUGAGUUCGAGGAAGAGCCUGUCCAAGGUCGGAAGGUCAGCAAAGUCAUCAAAACUAUGGUUGUGCAAGGUGAACGAAUGGAAAAACUAAUUGGAGACCCUUCACUCUCAUCGGAUCUCCCAUCAGCCAAAGACGACUUUGAAAAGGCUUUGAGCUAUGUAGGAAGCUUUGGAAAAGUGCACCUGCCUCAUUUAGUUGAGAAAGAGAUGGUCAAAGAGGAUGGAUCAGUGGUCAGAAGGUCUGGACAUUGGCACGUCCGUUUAACAUGUAGCUGUUUAGGAGAAUGGUGUGAUAAUAAAAGAGCAGUUACUAAUACCUAAUCCACCAAGUGUUACAACAAAAUGCAUUUUUUAAAUAUGUCCAAUUAUGCCCCUUUUUACAAGAAUGGUGUCCCCAGAUUCAGAGUGUCUCUGAAGUUUCAGCUCAAAAUGUCCCACAGAUCAUUUAUUAUACCAUACUAUAAACGUCCCCUUUUGUCUGGAAGCAAAAACAUGCUGUUCUUGA